AUGACAGCCUCUGCCCAUUAUAACUAUAACAGAAGAAAUUCCAGUGCAACACCGUACACAAUACCAACAAAACAUCAACCACAACACCAAUCCCCCAUGGUGUCUUCAUAUCAAGUUCAUCAUCAUCAACAUAGUAACAAUCCACAGACGCGACAAUUCACAUCUUAUCAACCGUCAUAUGCUCAGGAAUCAGCAAUAUCGUCGCCUCCAUUAUCGGCAUCGGUACCGACAUUAUCGCGAGAAUUUGUUGUGCGCAGAAUUAGUGAAGGUGAGACCGGACGAUUGAAAGAGGAAUUGAGGUGUGAAGCAUGUGGGAAAGGGUAUAAACAUAUAUCGUCUUUGGCUAAACAUUUAUGGGAACAUACCCCAGAAUGGAAUGUUACAAAAAAAUUGUUAAUUUCAAAACAUCAACAAGUGCAAUUGUUGGAAGCUGCCAGUAUUUUAGUGGGUAUGAAUGAAAAUAAUACUAAUGGUACGGCUAUAGGAGUAAAUGGCAAUGCUCAUCUGGCGUAUCAUGCCCGUACAUUUUCAGAUCAAUACAAUGCCCCACCGUAUUCUCCACCUAGUACUUCACAUACGUCAGAUACAUCAACGACUCCCACAAUAAAUCAUAGUAAUAACCAGGAUGUUUAUGGGAACCAAGAGCAACAGGGUAUUCAAUUCAGAAAUGGGUAUCAUCACCAUGAAUAUGAAGCUGAAGAGUAUGACGAUUAUGAUGCACAAAAAAGAAUCGAUUACGGUCGUUCCCGGUCGGUUUCUCAUGAACCUCCAACUACAAACCAUUCGAAUCAUAGUUCAACAUCCCCCAUGGUGGGAACAACCAAUGAAAAUAAGUUUGAAAGGUCAUUAAAGUCACCGACUUUGUCAUAUAUAAACAAUUCCGAGGAAUUACCUGUGAAAACCAAUUUUUCAAUUGUGAAGAACAAAGUAGAAAUUGAUGAUAUUUUGGAUAAAAGAACAGGAUUGUCAUUGUCUGAUGACGAAGAUGAAGUAAUUGGAAGAAUGGAAGAUUGA